GAGUAGGUAGCAAUGGAUCAUCGUCGAGGUGGUGGCAGGAGCAGCAGCCGGCUGCGGGACAGGCUGGCGAGGAUGUUCCGGCCGGGGAGCCUGCUCCGCUCCACGUGCAACAACGCCGCCGCGUCGACCUCCUCCUCGUCGGCGAGUGGCGGGGCGGCGGCGGCGGCGGCGGGGGCUAAGAAGACGACGACGACGGCUGGUGGAUCGGCGGCCACGGCGUGCUCGUCCAGCCGGGCGCUGCUCGCCGCCGACGCCGCGGCGGUCGACAGGGAGUCGUUCUUGGGCAGCUCGUCCCGCCGCGACUACGCGGCGCUGGUGGGUCGCACCGAGUCGUUCUCCACGGCGCUCGACCGUCUCCACCGCCGCGGCGCUCCGCUGCCCACCUCGCGGUUCUCCGUCGACGCGUCGCCGCCUCUGGUGGCGGGCAGGAAGGAGAAGGAGGAGGCGGCGGCCGCGGCAGCCAAGGAGAAGGAGACGAGCGCCGCUCGCGACGUUCAGAGCUUCCACUACCACCACCGCCGCCAUGGCAGCCUCGGUGGCGGCGCGAAGAGUGAUAAAACCAGGAGGCUGCUCUCCAACCCCUACGGCUUCAGCACGUCAGACGACGCCGACACCGACGGCGACGACGUCUUCAGCAGCGACGCCGACGACCGCGUCCCCGGCGCAGGCGGCGGCAAGAAGGGGGAAGCCGAGGCGUUCUUCUCCUCCUCCCGAAGCUUCUCCUCCGACUCCUCCGAGUUCUACACCAAGAAGAAGACCAAGCCCAAGAAGAAGUCCCCCUCCUCCAUCCAUUCGGCCAAGCCGCCUCCUCCUCCUCCGCCGCCUCCCAGGACGACGAGGCAGAGGCGCAAGCGCCGCGCGGCGAGCAGCUGCGACACGUGCGGCGUGAGGGACGGGUUCCGCCCCGUGGUGUCGGCGGCGGAGGAGCAGGUCCGGAGAGGGUUCGCCGUGGUGAAGCGCUCGCGCGACCCGUACGCCGACUUCCGGUCAUCCAUGGUGGAGAUGGUCUUCGGGCGUCAGCUGUUCGGCGCGGCGGAGCUGGAGCGGCUGCUCCGGUCGUACCUCUCCCUCAACGCGCCGCGCCACCACCCCGUCAUCCUCCAGGCCUUCUCCGACAUCUGGGUCGUCCUCCAUGGCGGCUAGCUGCUAGCUACCCUUCCUUAAUAAAAGGAAAAAAGAAAAUGAUCACCGUGUUUAGUGAUUAAUUAGCUCAGUCCCAGGAUGAUUAAUCACUGAGAUUAGCCAGAGCUAUCUUAAUUAAUUAUGUGUGUUAAUUAAUCAAUCAAUCAUUUUCUCAGAGUUUAAUUUGAUUUAAUUUCUUCUUGU